CGAAAAGCCAGAUGAAACUCGGGAGGUUCUGGACAUAUUUCAAUACCUAGAUGUUCGUUCGUUCACAAAGAUGAUCAUGGGUUGCCAGAGAACUGGCUGCCUUGACGAUGCCCUGAAACUGUUCGACGAAAUGCCCGUGAGAGAUGCAAUUUGCUGGAACACAAUGAUCAAAGGCUGCUUAGACUGCGGGGACUUGAUGAUGGCGGAAGAGCUUUUUGAUGAAAUGCCCGAACCAAGUGUUGUUUCGUGGACGACAAUGAUAGAUGGGUUCUUUCGAUUUGGACAAGUUGAGCAGGUAGAGAGAUAUUUAAAAAAACAGAUGCCCAUAAGGGAUCUUGCUGCAUGGAAUGCGAUGCUUCAUGGGUAUUGUGAGAAUGCGAGGGUUGAUGAUGCUGUGAAAUUGUUUGAACAAAUGCCUUCUCGAAAUGUGAUUCCAUGGACUCCAAGGACUGGCGGGCUUGACCAAAAUGAUUCAUGGUCAUGUUUUCAAAUCAGGAUUCUGCCUUAGUGGAUUUGUAUGUGCUUCUCUCAUCACGUUCUAUGCUAACUGCAAGCGCAUUGAGAAAGCAACCCAAGUCUUCAAUGAAGCAGUUUAUAGGAAUGUGGUCAUAUGCACGGC